AUGGAGGCCCGGGCCCGCCCCAUUGGCUGCGGCCGGGCCAGUCGCGGCGCUCGCCGGCUGCGGUUGGUCCCAGAGCCGCAGCGCCUGCACGGGCCCGGAGUCCAUGUUACGCUUUGUCUAAUUCCCCUCGUUACAGAGUCAUGUGCUGCUGCUCCCGUCGCCGCCGCUGCCGCUGCCGCUGCCGCCGCCCGUGGUGCCCCGGCUCCUCCGCCGCGCUUCGAGGUGGCAGCCGCGGGCGGGGCCGCGGGAGCAGGGUCCAGGGCGCAGCGCGCCUUUGCCGCCCCGGCGCCUCCCGGGGCCGGGGGCUGCGAGGGAGGGCGACGCGCAGGUGGAGCCGAAGCGCGCAACCCUGGCGCAGGCGCCGCGGCCCGAGCUGAGGCUGAGGCCGGGAACUCAUUCGGGGACGUCCGUGGGUCGGGAGGCGGCGGCGGCGAGCGGGGUGGGCCCCCGUUUUCAGCCGCCAGGGCCUGGGAGAUUGUUCCGCUUUCUGCUGUCUUAGCGGCGGCCGCUUCGACCGCGGGCGGCGGGCUCUGCGCUAGGGGAGUGCGGCCGCCUGGCUCCUGGACCCCUCGCGCGCGCUCCCUUUUCUCGCCUUCCUUCGCCCAAUCGGAAAGGCGGGGAGAGCCGGUUUCGGCUCCGCUGGUUCCUCCCGGAGGAAGUGCACGGCUGUCGAUAACGUGCUGCCGGGUCCCAGGAUGGAGGAGUGAAGUCCCCAUCGCCGCGGUUCCAGCCUCCGGAGCUCGCCCAAGCCGAGUCCCCAGAGAGCGCCCUGAGGGAACAGGGUGGCCGCCUGGUCCAGGUGCGCGGGGUCGGGUCUGGGUCCGGGGCGCUGGUGGGGAGGUCCGCGGCACGGGGUGCUGGGGGUGCUGCCGGGGUCGGAUCUGCACCUCCAGCGUAGUGCUGCAGCCUCACCCGCCCGCCCCCACCGCUGGCUUCUCACCCGGGGGUUCUGCCAAACUCUGGCUGCUGCCGCCCUGGGUUCGGGCCGGCGGAAGGCCCGGGGCGCGUGCUGCAGACGCGCCUGCCAGGACUCUACUGGGGCGCUUUCCAGGCGGGGCUGCGCUGGGCUGCCAGUGCAUGGGGAGUCUUCCUGGAGUCCCCGGCUGCCCUCUCCACUCUCUCCUCCAACUGCUGCUGCCUGAAGCGGCAGCUCUUUGUUCCUCCCUUGCUGGUCUGAGGUUAUGAACAUAAAUGUCCUGGGAGGCAGGGUGGUGUGAAAGCAAGGGCUGGGGACGUAGGGAAGAGGAAGAAGAUGAGCUGUGGGUGAAGUGUAAGGUGGACAGGAGAGAAGAAUCUUAAGUGUCCAUGCUCAGAAGUCUCAGCUUUUCAGCUGCUGAAACAGAGGACCACGGUUCCUUGCUUUCUGUUUUGGGAAAGCCAGGCCUUGCCAAAUGGAGGGAAUUAGUGGUGCAGACACACACCAGAAAGGUAGGGACCAGGAAUGAGACACAGCAGCGAGUUCUGAGGUGUUUAGUCUGGUGUCUGGCUUGUUAACUCCACUGUGGUUUCUUAGCCAGGCUUCCUUGCUGAGACAGAAGGUACUUUAACAUAUGAGCCAGGCAUCUUUAUUAAUUCCAUUUGUCAUCAAAGUAAAAUUGAGAGUGACUUUUCUCAAAUUCACCAAGUAGAUUAUAAUUUCACAUCCACAUCCUGUUCCAUCUCCAACGUUCAUAGAAGGAGAAUAAAACGCUAGGGCUGGUCUUAUGCUACAGACUUUUGCAUCUUUAUUUCCCUGGCAGCUCCUCUUUCUCCAGACUAACUCAGAUUGACUUCUCCCCCAGUGAAAGCCUGGCCUCAUUUUACUGCCUAUUUAUCUACCUGGUGAAACUCCAGUCUUGAGGAGGACACUAAGGGACUGGCAUGGUUGAGAAGGAUCCGUCUGACCAGAUCGUUAUAUGGUCUCACAUUAAAUGUUUGAGCCCUAUUAAAGCCAGUAGCAUCUUCUUAAUUUUUAUUUCAGAGGAAGGGAUGUGAGCAUAUGACUAGAGGGGAGGAAAGUGAGACUCUGCCAAAGAAGGUCACUCCCUGUAGCACUGAGGAAAAGUGAAUCUGUGUAGCACAGUAUCACAUACACUGCGUGCUUUCACUUUAUUGGGUAGCCAAGCCAUCUAAGGAGUCAGGGUUAGGUGGAGAAUUUACAUUUAUGACAUGGGAUGCUGACUAUACAUUCUGAUGCUAAAAAUUUUAUAAUAAAACAUUUACUAUCUAAUUAAGUUUGCUUUGAAAAGAAAAUUUACCAGGGUGGGACAAAUUUACCCACCUGAGUACAAAACAUGUACUCAUUAACUACAUGACAUUAAGUAGCCAAAAUGCACGUUAAAAACUGAACAAUUAAACUUAUCCUUCCUAGAUGUACAUGGACUUCUUAAGUCUGAAUUUAAUUGUGAGAUGGCUGUGUUUAUGUCUCUUCUUGCCAAAUACAUCACGAAAAGUGAAGAAUUUUUUUUUUUUUUUUUUGAGACAGGAGUUUCGGUCUGUCACCCAGGCUGGAGUUCAGUGGCUCCAUCUUUGCUCACUGCAACUUCUGCCUCCCAA